AAGCUUAGGCCAUGUCUGUCGCCGCAUCCUUCUCGAUGCGCACGUCCUUCUCUGCCGUCGAAGGGUUGCCUGAGACUGAGAAGAACGCUGGGGAGUCCGAGAAUACCUAUAUUCUGCGGCCCAUUUUCCAGCAAAGGUUCAGACCCUCUGUGGUUAAAGACUGUAUCCAUGCUGUGCUCAAGGAGGAACUGGCAAAUGCUGAAUACUCUCCAGAAGAAAUGCCUCAGCUCACAAAACGUUUAUCAGAAAAUAUUAAAGAUAAAUUAAAAGAAAUGGGAUUUGACCGAUAUAAAAUGGUGGUGCAAGUCGUGAUUGGAGAACAAAGAGGGGAAGGUGUAUUCUCACCCUUCUGUCUUGAACGUAGCCCUUCAGAUCUUUCAACCAAGAACCUGGAGUGUUCAUUGGAACCCCAGCCUCAGCAGCAUGGCUGCUCGCUGUUUCUGGGAUGCUGACGCUGACAACUGUACUCAUGAUGUUUUCAUGAAUGACAGUUUAUUCUGUGUUGUAGUGGCAUUUGGCUGUUUCUACUAUUGAAUCUUUGAAAGCUGGAAAAAGAAAUGACCAUGAAGAAAUAUGAAGUUUUUUAUAUUGUUAAAUAUCUUGACAAAAUAAAGUUGGCAGUUUGGCAACUGA